GAAUUCUCAGCCACACAAGGCAAGGAAGUGGGGUUUGCCCCAGUGUUAAAGUGAUUUACAAGGGCUUUGAAGCUGCCUGGCAGUGAGGAGUUCCCAGGAAUUCAGUUCUGCAGGAUCUGUGGGAGAUGGGGCUGCUGGGGGCCCGGGACGUGGCCUGGAGGAGGAAGGGAUGUGUGUGGGAGCAGCGCCGCCUCCUGUGAGCCAUGGAUCGAUGCAAACAUGUGGGGCGGCUGCGACUGGCCCAGGACCACUCGAUCCUGAACCCUCAGAAGUGGCACUGCGUGGACUGCCACACCACCGAGUCGCUCUGGGCCUGCCUCAAGUGCUCGCACGUGGCCUGCGGCCGCUACAUCGAGGAGCACGCGCUGAGGCACUUCCAGGAGAGCCGCCACCCCUUGGCCAUGGAGGUGCACGAGCUCUACGUCUUCUGCUACCUGUGCCAGGAUUAUGUGCUGAAUGACAACCCCGAGGGGGACCUGAAGCUGCUCAGGAGCUCGCUGUCGGCCAUCAAGGGGCAGCGCAGCGGGAGGACGCUGCGCUCCACGGCGCCGGGCGAGGACGGCUGGAGGAGGAGGAGCCCUCAGGGCCAGUCCCAGAUGCUGACGGCGCUGUGGCACCGGCGCCAGGCCCUGCUGGCGAGGGCUCUGCGCACCUGGUUCCACAAGAGCUCCCGGGGACAGCUGAAAUUGAGGGAGAAACAACAGCUGGAGGAGCUGGAGAAGAAGAAGGAGGCGGCUCGGCAGCGGCGGCGGGAGAUGAAGAGGCAGCUCCUGGAGGAGUUGGCCAACACUCCCCCGAGGAAAAGCGCCAGGCUGCUGUCCCACGUGCACAGGGAGAGCUUGAUCCCAAGGAAAUUCAGGGAGGUGGCCACAGCUUCCCCUACCUCAAGGCAUGUGCAGAGCAGCAGGUUGAAGCAGUUCUACUCCGUCCGGCGCCAGCCCCUGAUGACGCCCGGCGUGACGGGGCUGAGGAACCUGGGCAACACCUGCUACAUGAACUCCAUCCUGCAGGUGCUCAGCCACCUCCAGAAGUUCAGAGAAUGUUUCUUGACUCUUGAUCUCUGUGAAACAGAAGAACUUUUAGCUAAAACUGUGAAUGGCAGGGCGAGGAUGCCUGGCAAACUGGCAAACGGGGCUGCUGCUAACGAGCCGGGGAAGCCUGACAGGGUGGGAUCGUCUCCAGCCGGCUUGAACGGGGGGGGCUCCUCCAUCAGCCGCAGUCUGGAGCUGAUCCAGCCCAAGGAGCCCAGCUCCAAGCACAUCUCCCUGUGCCACGAGCUGCACACCCUGUUCAGGGUGAUGUGGUCAGGCAGGUGGGCCCUGGUGUCCCCCUUUGCCAUGCUGCACUCGGUGUGGAGCCUGAUCCCCGCCUUCCGCGGCUACGACCAGCAGGACGCGCAGGAGUUCCUGUGCGAGCUGCUGGACAAGGUGCAGCAGGAGCUCGAGUCCGAGGGCACCAAGCGCAGGAUCCUCAUCCCCUUCUCGCAGAGGAAACUCACCAAGCAGGUCCUCAAGGUGGUCAACACCAUUUUCCACGGGCAGCUGCUCAGUCAGGUCACCUGCAGGACGUGCAACUACAAAUCCAACACGGUGGAGCCUUUCUGGGACCUGUCCCUGGAGUUCCCCGAGCGUUACCACUCCCUGGAGAGGGGCCUGCUGCCCCUGGGCCAGGCUGAGUGCCUGCUGACCGAGAUGCUGGCCAAGUUCACCGAGACAGAGGCCCUGGAGGGCAGGAUCUACGCCUGUGACCAGUGCAACAGUAAAAGGCGAAAAUCUUCUCCCAAACCUCUUGUUCUGAGUGAAGCUAAAAAGCAGUUGCUGAUCUACAGACUACCUCAGGUCCUCCGGCUGCACCUUAAACGCUUCAGGUGGUCUGAGCGCAAUCACCGCGAGAAGAUCGGGGUGCACGUGCUGUUUGAGCAGGUGCUGGACAUGGAGCCCUACUGCUGCAGGGACUGCCUGCCCUCGCUGGGAGCCGCCGGCAGCUUCGUGUACGACCUGUCGGCCGUGGUGAUGCACCAUGGCAAGGGCUUCGGCUCGGGCCACUACACUGCCUACUGCUACAACACCGAGGGAGGUUUUUGGGUGCACUGCAAUGACUCCAAACUGAAUGUAUGUAGUGUGGAGGAGGUGUGCAAGACCCAGGCCUACAUCCUCUUCUACACUCAGAGAACGCUGCAGGACAAAGCAGGAAUCCCAGAAAAACAACUCCAAGCUCAGGUUUUUGCCACCCAAAACCAGUGACAAGGACACAAGACUGACAUUCCCAUCAGGGGAAAACACUCCCAGCUGCUUCUGGGGCUUCUGGUGUUCAUCUUCCCUUUCUUUGUGGGGGAAACUGCAGGAGUGGGAUUGGAGCUGGGA